AUGGAGAAGCACCAAAAUCAGUCUGGUCUCUUUGAUGCAGCUGGAUCUGGUGCAAACACAGUAGCUAGUGGAGUCAAUAUCCCACAACGCCGGGAUACCACACGAUGUGCCCCGAACAGGCUGAGUAGCUUCAGCAAUAUUUUGGAUCAGGCAGAUGGAGGGAUUGUUGACUUAAACGCAGCGGAGCAGGCUCAAACUGGUGGCAUUGCUGAUUUACAUCAACAGACUGG